AUGGAUCAAAGAACUAUACCGCUACCAACUGGGCCUCUCUCCCCUGCACUUGUAUAUAAUGCGGCCAUCUCAUACCUUCCAACCAAUUCUCCGACUGUCUCCAAUUCAACUUUCAAUGCAUCUCCAGUAACCAGCCCAGUGACAGCUUCAAUCAAGGCAGAAGAGGGAUUCGGAUUGGCGGAACCUCCAAAGAAGAGACAGAAGCGUAAUAAACCUACAUUAUCAUGUGUCGAGUGUGUAGAACGCAAGACAAAGUGCGACCGAGGUCGACCACAUUGCCUUGCAUGUAUCAAACGGCAAUCGAAUUGUGAAUAUCACCCAGCAGCCAAUAUACUUGAGGAAACAAAUAGAUCUACUGCAAAUGCUCGACGUAUGACCAAACCACCAAAAAAGUUAAGUUCUGGGGCAAGCAAUAUUGUCGAAAGGCCAAGACAAGCACCAGAUCCUAACGAAAGGAGUGCAUCUAGAGGCUCCGUUGCAUCCUCAACUGGUUUGCUUUCUAAUGUACCCUAUUCACACCCUAAAGCCUCGAAUGUCUUCGGCAUUGGCUCUGAGCAUCCCUUUGCAAAUUAUUGGACAUGUCAAGGUGGACUCCCAGAAGUGAUUUCAGUCUUACCAGCCAAGGACCAAGCAGACAUCUUGAUGGAGAGAUACUUUGAAUGUGUCGAUCCGGUUUAUCCUAUGCUUCAUAGACAAACCUUUUAUGCAGACUAUGAGCAUUUCUGGGCAUUACCAGCGUCGGAAAGAGAUAGAACAGAUGCUGCUUUAGUUGCCAUGAUAUUCUCCAUGAUGGCUUUAGGAACUCAAUUCGUCAACAAUUCUCCACCAAAAGAACGACAACAAACUGCCGAAUUUUAUGUUUCUGCAGCUCACCAGUCACUUCGCAUGGGUUCUUAUCUCAACAAAGCUUCCAUGCGUUCAAUUCAAGCUAUGGUUCUCAUUACAUAUUUCCUCAUCAAUGACAAUCAUGCUUCUGAUGGCUGGGCCUUUGCUGGUAUACUAAUUCGACAGUCUUACGCUAUGGGUCUUCAUCGCGAUCCCAAUAUCGUCACCCCAAAUGCCUCUAUCUUUGACAAGCAACAACGUCGAAAACUUUGGCAAGCAGUUCUUCUUCAAGAUACUUUUCUUACUGUUCUCCUUUCUCUCCCACCAAGUGCAACACACACAGACGUCAACGUAGAUGACCUCAUCGAUGAUUCCAGCUCCAUCGCUAAUAGUGAUCCCAACGAUAUGGCUUAUAUCCGUGGAUGCUGGGCUCUCGCCAAUCUCGUCCAAGAAAGCAUUUGUUCUCCGCGCUCCCUGGACCUUCCCAUCUGUGCUGGCUCCCGCCAAAAACAAAAACUCCUCUCCGAAUUCCGUGCCGUUUAUCGAUCUUUUCCCGAUGUCUUUCGCUCCUGGGACCACGAUUCUAUUGCCCUACAAGCACAAACUAAUAAACGACUUGUACGACAAACUCUCUUCCUAACCAGUAAUUACUUUCAUAAUGUAAUGUUACUUCACGCAAGCGAAAGUCCCGAAGUUCCACCAAAUGUUCGAGGAACUUUAGAUGCAGCUCAUGAAGCUAUCAAAGCUUUCUUUCUCCUGUAUGAACUCUUCGAGAGUGAAAGUAAAGUUUGGUGGGUCUUUAAUCAUCGAGCAUUUCUGGAAUGUAUGAUGAUUGGAAAUAUGUUGCAAGAUGUUGGAAAAGAUGAAGAUGGAGCGGAGAAAUUAGUUAGAGAUCCAUUAUUGGUGAGAGCGAAGGGGGAUAUUGGCGAAGGAGAAAAUGGAUCACAGGUAGCAAGGACGAGGGUCCAGGUUUUAAGUGAUUAUGUAUGA